AAUGUAGGUCAUACAUGGAUGGACCAAGCCCGUUAUCAUCGUUACAGUUAUAUUUUUUUUUUUUUUAUUCUUGAAAUCAUCAAAACAAAAUGCCAUUAAAAUCAUUUUUAUUGAGUUUCCGUUUAACAGAUUGUCCUGAUCGAAUAUUUUGGCAAUCAUUAGACAAGAUAAUACGUGAAGAAUUAGCAGAUUUAGAUGAACAUCGAUGUAUCGGUACAUCUAUAAAUGGCGAUAAUGGUAACGACAAUAAAUCUAUACAUUUGUAUACAUCAAGUAGUAAGGAAAUUUUUCUUACCAUUCGUUAUUAUGAUUUCAAUGAUGAUGAUGAUCAUCAUCAUCAUAAGAAAUUAAUUUCCAUAACUGGUGAAAUGUCACAAAAUUGUGGUGAAUUAUUUCGAAUGAAUAAUUUGGUUGAAAAACUCAAAGAUCGAUUGAAUACAUUGUGUAUCGGAUCCGAUCACUGUGCCGGACAACAACAACAACAACAACAGCAAAAAAUGGAUCAUGUUGAAGCUAUACCAAUUUUGAAACGUGAUAAUCUGGUACCAUCAUAUUUUCUAACAUCCGAUGGUCGUGUAUUGGAAUAUGAUUUUGAUAAAGUUCUUGUGAAUGAAACGACACCAUUUCAGAAUAUUAAAAUUUUACAUUCACCUAGUUUAGGUAAUUGUCUUUUGUUGGAUGAUAUGCAAAAUCUAGCCGAAGCUGAUCUACCAUAUACACAUGGAUUAAUGAAUUUUGGCAAAAAUAAUUAUAAAGAUAAAGAAAUUCUUAUUCUUGGCGGUGGUGAUGGUGGCCUAUUACAUGAACUGGUUAAAGAAUCACCAAAAUUUGUAACAAUGAUCGAUAUUGAUGAAAAAGUUAUGUUACAUUGUCGUAAAUAUCUUCGUGGUGCAUGUGGUGAUACAUUGGAUUGUUUCGAUGGUUCAAACUACAAAGUAAUUGUUGGUGAUUGUAUUCGUUAUAUGCAUGAUUAUAUUGAACAAAAACGAACAUUUGAUGUUAUUUUCAAUGAUCUAACGGAUAUACCGAUCAGUACACGUGAACAUCGUGAUGUUAUUGUUGAAGAUAAUCAAAAACUUUGGUCAUUUGUUCGAGAAAUAUUACAGCUUUCAAUGAAAAUUUUACGUCCAAAUGGCCUUUAUCUGAAUCAUGCUAUCGGUGCUAAUUGUAAACAAUCAUUGGCUGAUUAUGAACAGGUCGUUAGUGAAUUGUCCAAUGUACAGCUGGAUAUAUCAUCACAUACACGAUAUGUACCUUCGUUCAUGGAAGAUUGGGUUUUCUAUCAGCUUCAGAAACGUUAAUCGUAUUUUCAAAAAAAAAAUCAUGCAUUUAUCGAUACAAAAUUCGUUUUUAUAUAAUCUAGGUUUUUUUGUUGGGCCAAAAUUUUUCGGAAAAAAAAUUUUAUAAUUUCUUUAA